AAACUGACAUUUAGCAGAACCAAGCCGGUCAUCUUGCGCCACAUCUGUAAACUUUAUUGGGUUCUGACUAAACCAGUGAAGCAGGGAAGACACCUCAACAGGACACCAUUGGCAAUUCCAUCGCCGCUCUCGGGAACGCAUAGUUAUAAGUAAAGGCGAAGGACCCGGCAAUUCAUUCCUUCAACAUACAGAGAGAGCUGCAAAUUUGCUGAGCGAUCGAGAGAAGUUGAAGCUUAAGGAUGUCAGGCGUGACAAAUCCACCACCAGAGGAUGAUAAGAAGCCGAACGAUCAGUCCGCUCACAUCAACCUCAAAGUCAAGGGCCAGGAUGGGAAUGAAGUCUUCUUUAGGAUCAAAAGAAGCACUCAAAUGAAGAAGCUUAUGAAUGCAUAUUGUGAACGACAAUCUGUGGACUUCAGCUCAAUUGCCUUCUUAUUUGAUGGCCGCCGCCUGCGAGCAGAGUAUUCUCCUGAGGAGCUAGAAAUGGAGGAUGGAGAUGAAAUCGAUGCUAUGUUGCACCAAACCGGUGGAUUUUUAUCGGACACAUGCAGGCUGCGCAUUUAGUUUGAUGCAGACUAUGCCGUUUAGGUUCUUGGAACUGCAGUAGACUAUGCUUUUAUUAGCUAGUAUUGUGUUAUAUAUUUUCAGCUUGUAUGACUAGAGCUUAAGACAUUAACCGUUUGUGAUGCUAAUAUGAUAGUUGCAACAACAGUUGUUAGCUAAUAUGAUAGUUGAAGAUAUCUCUAAUUUUAUUACAA